AUGGGUUCAUGCAUAGCAAAGAAACAAAAGGAAGAGGUUCACAGCAGAAAUACUUCAAAAUUAAAAGUAAUCAUCCCUAAAAACUAAAUGUUGGAAAGUAUGUGCACUCAUUUAUUUUGUCAGGCAACCCUGUCUAUGCUGAAAUGCCUUUCGAUUAGGGGGAUUGCUUUCAAUUAAAUAAGAACUUAUUCAAAGACGAAUACAUAAUUAUUGAUUCCCAUCCUUUUCUGUCCACAGACUAUGGGAUUUAUCAGUGGUGCUAUAGCAAAAAGACCGAUUCUCGAAAGCUUGUCAAAACCAUAAAAAAAACGGAAGAUCCCAAGUCAGAUGAACCUGUUCUGAUCCUGAAAAACAUUCACAUGAUGCAAUAUCUAGUAAAUUUACCGUAAAAGCAAGGAUCAUCCAAAUAUUGCCAAAAUGGUUGAAUACUUUAAUGAAAGCUUAUACUACUACAUCGUUUAUGAGGAUUAUGAAGGUGGUAAUCUAUUGAGUAGGAUGAUAACUAGAGGAGAAAACCCGGAACAAAUGGCUGCCAUCAUAAUAGAGUAAGUUUUAAGCACUCUUUUUUAUUUACAUUCAAAAAAUAUCAUUUAUCGUUUUCUGAGUAAUAUUCCCAUAACUAUUAGAUCACAACGCCCUUCUCUGUGACGAUAAACUCAAUGUCACCUUUGUAGAAUUCGGGGCUGCCAAAAAAAUCUCACAAUAUAUAUAACUACCAGUCGGAGACCAACAUUAUUAAUCACCAGAGAUGUUGAAUGGAAAUUAUAGUUUCAAAUCAGACAUUUGGUCUGUCGGAGUCCUCUUGCAUUUUCUACUCUCUGGAGCCAUGCCCUUUGAUGGAGUCAUGGCAUCCUCCAUCAAGAAUUCCAUAAUGAGAGGCAUAGUCAAACUAGAAGAUACCUUCGAUUGGGAUAAAAUCCCAGAUGCAAAAGAAUUUGUCAGAAAAUUGUUAAACUUCUCUCAAAAUCAACGACCCACUGCUGCCGAUGCUCUCAAGGACAGAUGGAUUGAAAAAGCAAAAUUAAAAAAGUUGGCCUUGAAAAUAAAUCCUGCCUUAACCAAUCUUCGUAAAUUCUAGAAAUGUGAAGUCCUAGUCGAAGCCAUCAUCAUGUAAAUAGUUUAAAUGACUCUUACUUAAGAAUAGAAGGGAGAGAUCUUAUAAAUAUUUUAGGAAUUUGACUCUAAUAGAGAUGGUAAAAUUUCAACAUAAGAACUAAUUGAAGGUACUUAUUGCAUCAUAGAUAGAGGAUAUAAAAAAUAUUAAACGAGUACUAAGUUGGAGGAUUAGGACAUUGAAAAAUUGGUUAAGAAGAUCGACUCCAAUGGAAAUGGCUAUCUAGAUUACACUGGUAUUAGUAUGAUCUAUCAUUCAGAAUUCUUAUUGGCUUGUCAAGACAAGAAGAAAUUAUUGACAGUCGAGAAAUUGAAAUUGGUCUUUGCUUAAUUGGAUGUCGAUAAGGACAAUGCCUUGUCCAUGAUGGAAAUGAGAAGAAUUUUUGGAGGCAACAGAAUUAGCGAUAAAAAUUGGCACAAUAUUCUUAGCAAAACCAAUUUACAAUAAAAAUCUGUCUUAACAGAAUAAGAGUUCUUAGAAUUUAUAAUCAAAACUAUGUAAAAUGAUCAUUCCUUCUAGUGA